AUGUAUCCUCAUCAGUCCUUGUAUGGGUUGUGGUGGGGCCAGUGCCUAUCUCUGGCAGUCUACGGGCCUAAGGCGGGUUACACCCUGGACUGGUCGCCAGUUUGUCGCAGGAAUAUUCAGGAACUUUACACCUAUGAAUUAGAGCUUGCACUGAACACACCCACAGGAACAAAUGCAGCAGCUCCACUUGUUCACAGACACAUUCUAGUUUUGACAGCGAGAAGCUGUUAUGAUGAGAGAAACAAAAUGAAGUUGUUGUUGUUGUUAUAUUUCUUCUGUCAGUUUUUAUCAGCAGAAAAACACUCAAUGAAGUUUUUCUUCACCAGCUCCACUGGUCUCACGUUCUUCUCAGAGUUUGAGAUUCUUGUGACGGUCGAUGAUAUUCCUGUUGCCUGCUGCGACGGCGCCAACAAGACUAUGAAGCUGUACUAUGACUGGGUAAAACAGUUCCUCAAUGAUGACCCGGCGCUGCAUAGCUGGUACCAGGAUCAGUGUUUUAAUUUAUUGUCUACAAACUUCAAAGACAGUCUUCCUAUUUUAAAGCAGAUUUUCAAACAACCAGAAGGUAUCCAUACCUUUCAGUUGCUCUAUUCGUGUGAGAAGGAUGAGGAGACUCAGAAAGUUAAUACUGUUUUAGUGUAUGGUUAUGAUGGAGAAGGCUUUAUUGCACUGGAUUUGGAGACUCAGAUAUGGAUCGCUCUAACGCCACAAGCAAUUCCAUUUAAAAGACUGUGGGACACUAACAAAGCCAGAAUUUUGUGGAACAAAAACAUUCUUACCCAAGAGUGCCCUGGAUGGAUUGAGAGUUUAUUAAAUGGAGGGAAGAGCAUUCUGCUGAGAACAGAGCAUCCCACUUUGUCUCUGCUUCAGAAGACUUCCUCAAGUCCAGUGAGCUGCCACGCUACAGGUUUCUAUCCUAAAACAGCCCUGAUGUUUUGGAGGAAAGAUGGGGAAGAGAUCCAUGAAGAAGUGGAACACGGAGGGAUCCUUCCAAACAAUGAUGAGACCUUCCAGAUGAGGGUUUACUUGAAUGUAUCCUCAAUCAGUCUUGAAGACUGGAGGAGAUACAAAUGUGUGUUUCAGCUCCUUGGGAAAGAGGAAGAAACCAUCCAACUGGAUGAAAAGGAGAUAAAAUCCAAUAGAGAGAGGCCCAGUAAUCCAACCAUCCCUAUAAUUUCUGCUGUGAUUGCUUCUGUUCUUGUAUCCAUUGCUGGUGCUGCUGGAUAUGUGGUCUAUAAAAAGAAUACAAACAGACAUCAACCAGUGCCAUCAUCGCCUCCUGAGGGAAACUUUGUACUCAGCGACCAACUGAAUCCAGAGACCUGAUCAACUGAUAUGUCAUUAAAUUUGUAUAGAAAAAUAUUUUCAUUUAAAAAUGCCGCUUCUUAUUGUUUAAACUUCUUUUUUACAAGUAAAUUGCAUGAGGCUAACACUACUACUAUCCUGAUGAAUUAAAACCAAGUUUGUUUAUUUGCUAAAAAUCUGUUAAUACUUUAGACAGACUAAUUCUGGUGACUGUUUACUAUUAAAGCAGGAGGAACUAUUCACAUGAAGGUGAUUAUUAAAGAUUUUAUUAAAUUUGAAAAUAACUGUCAAGUCUUUUGAUGUAGGAUUUUCAUUUUACAGCAAGUUCCUGGUGUGGUUGGAUAUGUAUAGAUAUACUGUCAGCCAAGGGUGAAAGCAAUGUAUUUGUUUGUUUGCAGUGUUGGGCAUGUUACUUUGAAAAAGUAAUUAGUUAUAGUUACUAGUUUCUUCUCCCAAAAAGAGUUACUAACUG